CGCCAGAUUUGUCCCCGUUUCAGUACGCAAUUAAACUCAUCCAUCAGCUCUGACGACCAGCACACGAGCCGACGGACCACGCUUCCCAUAGACCAGGAGACCACAACAUGCGUUCAGGUCGUCUCGCCGUCUCGGCGGCGCUCCUCUUCUCCGCCGCCGUCCUUCUCUCGGCCGUCCCGGCAGCCAGAGCCCAGGAGGAAACCGAUCGUGAGGAGGAAUUCAGCUACUCGCUGGACGCGGAGAACGGGCCGGCGCACUGGGGCGAGAUCAAGGAGGAGUGGUCGGCGUGCGGCAAGGGGUCGAUGCAGUCGCCCAUCGACCUCGCCAGCCCGCGCGUUUCCCUCGUACGCCACCUCGGCUACCUCAACCACUCCUACCGCCCUGCCCAGGCAUCCAUCGUCAACCGCGGCCACGACAUCAUGCUGAGCUUCCAAGGCGACGCCGGGAGCGUGUCCAUCAACGGCACCGUCUACUACCUCAAGCAGCUGCACUGGCACUCCCCCACCGAGCACAGCGUCAAUGGCCGCCGGUACGACCUGGAGCUGCACAUGGUGCACCAGAGCGCCGAGAAUAAGGCGGCCGUCAUCGGCGUCUUCUACGAGAUCGGCGCCCACGACGCCUUCCUGCACCAGCUGGAGCCUUACCUGGAGAUGAUAGCGGAGCAGAAGGACCGGGAGGAGAAGGUGGGCGUGAUGGAUCCCCGGGGCGCCAGGGGCAGGGCCAGCGUGUACUACCGCUACAUGGGCUCCCUCACCACGCCGCCCUGCGCGGAAGGGGUCAUCUGGACCAUCGUCAGGAGGGUUCGCACCGUGUCGAGGCCCCAGCUGGAGCUUCUUCGGGCGGCCGUCCACGACGAUAUGGAGAAGAACGCGAGGCCCCGGCAGGAGGUGAACAGCAGAGAUAUCAGCAUGUUCCGGCCUUCUCAGCAGCGCAAACGUUGAUUUUUAGGGUCGAUUCUCUUAUUAGUCUGGUACUUCGGCGGCCUGAGAGAUACAUUGAUUAUACCAUAUUUUUUGUACUGUAGAUCGUUCUAUCCAUUUCGAAUUUUUGGUGCCUGUAUACGGUUGCUGAAUAAAGGGGCACGACUGGUUCAUAUCCAUGUGUAUAUGUCUGAAUAAAGGGGCACGACUGGUUCA